AUGUCCAUGCCUAAUUCCCGCGUGGAAUUUGAGUUCACCUUCAAGCACUAUGUGAACACUGAGUCAUCAGCUGCCAAAAUCAGGUCUUUGCUCGACUUCUGGAAUGCUGUACUUGCGCCUUACGGUGCAACAGCACCGUGGAGAAAUAAACAGGACCUCUACAAGACUAUUGACGCCAUACCCAACGGAGGUAUUCCUUGGAAAGUAUACAAGGGCCAAUAUGGAGGCCCCCUUCCUCCAUCGCCUCCCAAGUGGAUGAUGGAGACAUACAAACUAUGCACCAGGGACACCCGGUCCGUCCUCCAUCAACAGCUCGCAACAGCUGACUUCAAGAAUAGUAUACACUACAUCCCGUAUCGUCACUUCAACAAGAAAGGACAGCGAGUGUUUUCAAAUCUCAUGUCCGGCGAGUGGGCAUGGCGGCAAGCGGAUAUGUUGGCUGAGGAUCCGUGCAAUCACAGCGCAGCAUUCAUCCCUGUCAUUGCUGGCAGUGACAAGACAACAAUCUCCGUUGCUACAGGCCAUCAAGAAUUUCAUCCUGUAUAUAUGUCGGCCGGCAACCUAUCAAACAUGGUGCGUCGGGGGCACAGCAACUCUGUGCUCCCCAUUGUGUUUCUUCCUAUCCCCCGUACUAAACAGCGUCAUCGGAAUAAGCCCGAGUUUUGCACAUUCUGCCGCCAACUGUAUCAUGAGGCCCUUCGCCAGGUCUUCCAGCCACUCGCAGCCGGUAUGGAGACACCGGAGGUAGCAAGGUGCCCAGACGGACACUUUCGUCAGGUGAUCUACGGGCUGGGUCCAUAUAUCACCAACUACCCCAAACAGGUGUGGCUAUCGGAUGCUCUCUGGGAUGAACAUGGGAUUUGCGGCGAUUAUCGGUCGUUUACGCACCACUUUCCUCGUGCGGAUAUACACAAGCUUCUAUCGCCAGACCUCCUCCAUCAAGUGAUCAAGGGCACCUUCAAGGAUCACGUCAUUUUGUGGAUUCCCCGAUGGACGGGUGAUGACAGCAAGGCCCUCAUGAAGUUUUGUUACAUUGCAUGUCAAAACAGCCUCUCUACUGAAGAUCUUAACAACCUUGAUCACACCCUCACCCGUUUCCAUCGCCUCCGGGAGAUAUUCAUCCAUGUUGGUGUUUGUCCAACUGGCAUUUCCCUGCCACAUCAGCAUUCCCUCUGCCAUUACCGACACUCCAUUGUCCUCUUUGGGUCUCCAAAUGGGCUUUGGUCAGCCAUCACGGAGUCAAAACAUAUCGUUGCUGUCAAGAAACCGUGGCAAUGGUCAAAUCAUUUCAAGGCGCUAUACCAGAUGCUUUGCAUCUUGGUUCGACUUGAUAACCUCGAAGCGGCCAGGCGAGCAUUCAAGGUCAGAGGCAUGAUGGCUGGUAUGACAUCAAGCUAUCGACAUGUCAUCCUCGGCGGCAAUAUCCCCUCGUCACCCGACAACCAAUCCGCUGCUCCCGAGGACCUGGAAGAUGAUCACGUACCCUUGACAGGCCCAAAGGUUCUCUCGUCCAUUGAGUUGUCAUGUACACGAGAACAGGCCCGCAUUUACCCGUGCAACCCUUGCCAUCUCGCUGCCAUCAUUGGCCAGCCCCGGCUCCUGCAGCUCAUCAGGCAAUUUCUGUUCAGCCAGAUGCAUCCGGACCACAACCCCGUCGCUCAUCCCGUCGCGAUUGAGGACUGUCCUGUUGCUCCAGGGCCCGUUUUUGUUCACCAUUCAGCAAUCACCCGCUUUUGGGCCCCAAGCAACUACUUGUAUCUCUUUUUUUCUCUACAAUAUGAUGAUAUCCUUUAUCCGUGCGCCUUGAUACAUUGGUUUGUCACCAUAGGAAACUGCCCCGAUCCCACCACUGGGAUGUGGAUUGUCUGUCCAGAGUAUUUAGGGAACCAGCCCAAUAUGGCUGUCGUCCACUUGGACUCAAUAUCUCGUGCUGUACACCUGAUGCUGGUUUAUGGGACUGGCACGUUACCAGAGGCUUACAAUUUCAUGAUUUGUUAG